CACACCAAAGUAAAUUUAGUAUUACUAAGCUUUUCAAACGGAAUUUCUAUUUACUUUUGAUUUCUAAAAUGGGCAACAAGAUCUGCUUUAUUUUACUAAUAAUUUGUUCAUACUUGACAGCUAUGGCGAUAGCACGACCACAGGAUUCGGGCACUUCAUGCGGCCCAAAUGCACAGUUCACCACUUGCGGCACCGCUUGUCCGGUUAAAUGCAGUGAUAAUCCCUUGUUGGGCACAAUUUGCACGGCACAGUGCGUCGUCGGCUGCCAAUGCAAUUUCGGAUAUCUGCUGAACGAUGCUGGCGAAUGUGUGACAUUAACUCAAUGUAUGGGCAACAAUAUCUCUUUUAUUUUAAUCAUGAUUUUUGCAUCCUUUACGGCCAUGGCAGUAGCACGACCGCAGGAUGCGGCAUCGUUCAGCACAUAUCCGGAAUUGCACUGGCAACCGGGGACGCAUACUGCUAUGCAAGCUGUGGACUCCGCAGGAUUAUCACUGCAUCUGGGCGGACAAGCGGUGCCGCAUGAGCUUUUCGAACGUGAUUUCUAUUUACUUCUGACCUCUAAUAUGCGCAACAAUAUCUGCUUUAUUUUCCUCAUAAUUUGUGCAUCCUUUGUGGCUAUGUCAAUAGCACAACCAGAGGGUCCAGGCAUUGCUUGCGGCCCAAAUGCACAGUAUACCCCAUGCGGCAUCGAUUGUCGGCCCAAAUGCAGUGAUGAUCCUAAUCCUUCGGAGCCUACACCUUGCUCAGCAGUAUGCGUCGCCGGCUGCCAGUGCAAUUCCGGAUAUUUGCUGAACGAUUUUGGCGAAUGCGUGACGAGAAGUGAAUGUUAAUCAAAGUGAAAGACGCGGCGCUAUCCUUAUCAUCUUUUUCUGGAGACAUUCUGUGAUUAUUAUUUGAAAUAAACAAAUGAAGUUGUCAAACUAAAAGUUAA